AGCGAAGAAGAAAGGACCAGACCAGUAGUCAUGGACAUUUGUUUACGUCCUAACCAUCAGGCACUUUGCGACGCCCAAUAUUUGAAAUAGUAUUUAUUGAAUGAGUGAUGGAUCCCGUUCACCCUUUAGAGGAGCUGCAUGGUAAUAGUGAUCAUGACGGUGUUGAUGUCACCUCCUGGGUGUCAGUGUGUCCCCGAGGACUCUGGAAGGUCCAGCAAAAGUGGACACGCAAAGCACAGUCAUCCAGUUACUGUCCAAGGUUGGGCUCACUGUGUCGUGUCCGAGCGUGGCUCAAGGCUGACAUGGAUGGAGCAGAGAGUUCAGUAUCUGAAAAAGAUGAUGACAAGAUAUUAGAUCAACCUGACCAGUCAGUCCCUGACAUUACAGAAGCAGUGGCCACAGCCUUUCCAAGGUGUCAUGACUCAGUGCUGCAGGUCCCGCUAGGAGAUUGGACUACACUGAGGCUAGGGGAGGGUCAAUGUGAUAUCACAGAAGCGUGUGUGGAAUGGAUGAGAGCUGGAGAAAAAUGUGAGAUUCUACUUUCUCAAGUGGGAAAUGGACCAAAUGUCUCAAUUACUCAACCUGCAGAGGAAAACCUGCCUUUAUGUGCCACAGUUGAACUCCAAGCUUUCACACAAGGCAAGGAAUCCUGGGAGAUGUCUCCUGCUGAAAAAUGGGAGUGGGUGAAGUCACACAAAGAAAGGGGUGGAGUGAGGUUCAGGAGUGGGGAUGUGUGGGGGGCGGCAGACAGCUACAGUCGGGCCCUUAAACUCCUCAUCACGCUCCACGGUCAUAACAGAGAGGCAGAGAAUAAAGGACAAGAUGCAGAGGAACAAAGAGACACAAACACCAGUGAUGAAACGCAGCACCUUCCUUCGGCUAAUGAAUUCAGAACCAUCAAAGCUGAGCUCCACUCAAACUUGUCCUUGUGCCAGCUCAAACUGAAGCAGCCAGAGCGGGCUAAGGCCAGCGCUGCCAAGGCCACACAGCUUGAACCAGCUGGGGCUAAAGCUUGGUACCGGCUGGGCCAGGCCUGCCAGAUGUUGAAUGAGCUGGAGGAGGCCAAGCAGGCUUUCAGGGAACUGCUGAAGCUCCAGCCAGAAUCACCUGCUGCUUUGAAGGCACUUAAAGAUGUAGCAAGUAGAGAAAAAGAGACAAAUGCACAGUUGGGACUGAGACUCAGCAAAAUGUUUAGCUAGGAUGACGAUUUCCCCUUUUUCUUCCAACUCAAUGCUGCUUACAAGGAUUGUCAUCUUACCACAUCUACAUUUAUAGUUUUCAGUAUCAAACACUACCGUUAAAUUGUGUUUUCUGGGUUUGAGGAAAAGGUAGCAUAAAUGUACACCUAUGUAACAUUUUUUUAAAAGAAUUCAAAUUAAAUUAAAUUUAGCGAUUAUAUCAGUGACAGUUAGUUUUGGGGGGCCUGGUAAUUGGGCAGCAGGCUAUAAGUGCCCAUGAACGCAGCACACGCUGCUGUGUAUUGAGCAACCCACUUGAGCCACUGUUCACUGUGGUUCUCCUUUAGCUGGCCAAUAAUCCCAGGCCCUGCUCAUGCAGGAGUAAUAUAACCCGUAUGUCAUGGGCAUAUCUAUAAAAGUUGAAUAAACUAAACGAAAUCCUCUGGCCAGCAGUGCUUGCUGAAGCAGAAGGAACAGGAGGAACUUUUGGAGUCACAGAAAACACAACAAUCAAUAUUUGCAGGGUGCAUGUACAUGUGACUGAAGUUAUGUCUAGACUGUGAAUCUACUAACAUGUUUCAACAGACCUUUUGCCUUACACAGAUGUAAAGCAUAA